UUAAAAAUGGCUGCGUAAGCGUUGUUAGAGGACAUCGCAAAUGGUCAAAUCCGAAGGGAACGUAUUAGGGAACGCGAGGACUUAGUCGCAAAUGAUGAUGAUUGGCUCAUGAGCCGAUUUCGUAUCCCCAGGCCAGUAUUACUGGAGCUGUGCGCAGAGCUGCAGCCGGCCCUAGAGCGCCACACAGCCAGGAGCCACUGGUUGUCCGUGCCCACACAGGUGCUGACCACGCUGGGGUUCCUGGCAACAGGGGCCUUCCAGCGGGAGCUGGCCGAUCGGUCAGGAGUGUGCCAGUCCACCCUGAGCCGAGCCAUGCCAGCUGUGUGGGACGGAAUCAUCCGAAUGUCAUCCAGCAUGGUUGGGAACAGGCUGGAGGCUGGCACUGUGCGCGAUGGGUGGCUUCUGGGGGACCGUGGCUACCCCCUAAGAACGUGGCUGAUGACCCCUCUUACAAACCCCAACACCGACCAAGAGAGGAGGUAUAAUGACCUCCAUUCCCGGACGAGAAUAAUUGUGGAGAGGGCAAUCGGCCUGCUGAAGGGACGGUGGCGAUGCCUGGACAGGUCGGGGGGGAUGCUACUGUACAGACCUGAGAAGGUGUGCCACAUUGUGAUGGCCAGUGGCGUCCUCCACAAUGUGGCACACCGCCAUGGCAUACCACUGCCAGAGCAGCACAACCCCCUACUGGAGGAACCGGAUGCCGGACCCGUCAACUGCAACCCACCCCGAGGAGCCAUACGGGCCCGGCAGAAUGUGAUUUCAAGCAUGUAAAGAGGCAAGGACAGAAUUUAAUUUGACACAAGUGUAUUUAUUGACGCGCUUAUGUCACUGAGUACAUUAAUAAGCCGAUCAAGGCGAUCAUUAAUGCCACCGAUGGCUCUGACGAUUUCUGCCUGUGAUUCCAGCACAGCUCGGGUGAGGACACGGCCGGUCGGGUGGUCAGCAGAUGAAUUCGAGGCGCCGCGUGCAGCGGAGCCGGUGGAGAAACCGGAGUCAGCGGUGACGCUGGAGACGCCGGGGCCAACGGAGGAGACGCCGGGGCUGGAGACGCCGGGGCCGACGGAGGAGACGCCGGGGCCGACGGAGGAGACGCCGGGGCCGACGGAGCAAUCCGUGCCCUCUCCUUGCUUGUCUAUUCAAAAAUAAGAAAUUUAAGUUAAAAAACACGAGUCAAACUCUUUAAUAUCCUGGCAUCUUUACGCACGACCUAUGUGUAUUGUAAGCAGCCAAUUGUAUGACCAGUAUAAUUACAGCAUUUAUGACUUCAGCAUAUUUACCUUAGGGAUGAUUGGUGUCCCCUUCAUGUGCUCCCACCACUCCGGUGAGAGCUGUGUCACCGAUCAAAGCGGCCACUCUCAAAUCGAAGGGGGAGAGUUCCCCCACUCCCGUCCCCCCACCUGUUGCGGUCACGCUUCGGCGGUGGGCAGAAA